AUGAAACGUGGAACUUUAAUACUUGAGGAUGGUUCUAAAUUCAAUGGUUUUGUAUUUGGAGCAUCAACUAAUACUGCCGGUGAAGUCGUAUUUCAAACUGGUAUGGUCGGUUAUACUGAAUCAUUGACUGAUCCAUCUUAUUGUGGAGAAAUUCUAGUUCUUACUUAUCCACUUAUUGGCAAUUAUGGUGUACCCGAUGAAAAAACUGUCGAUGAUUUUGGUCUUCUUCGAUGGGUUGAAUCGAAUAAAAUUUAUGCAUCUGCAUUAAUUGUUAGUGCUUAUACAGAACAAUAUAGUCAUUGGAAUGCCGUUGAGUCUCUUUCAUCAUGGUUAAAAAGGCAUAAUGUUCCUGGUCUUUAUGGUAUUGAUACACGCAUGUUAACGAAAAAACUUCGUGAACAUGGAACAAUGCUUGGAAAAAUUGUUAUGGACGGAGUUGAUCCAAAAUCAAUUCCAUUUCAAGAUCAGAAUAAAGCUAAUCUUAUGACACAAGUUUCUAUUCAAAAACCACGUGUCUUUAAUCCAACAGGCAAACUAUCGAUUGCUUGUAUUGACUGUGGUCUUAAAAAUAAUCAAUUACGAAUUUUAUGUCAACUUGGUGCAAAAGUAACUGUCUUUCCUUGGAAUCAUCCUGUUAAACAAGAUGAAUUUGAUGGUCUAUUUUUGAGUAAUGGUCCCGGUGAUCCACAAACUCAAUGUCCAGAAACUAUUGCAACAAUUACGUCAUGGAUUAAAAGUGAAACUGUUAAACCAGUAUUUGGUAUUUGUCUUGGUCAUCAGUUAAUGGCGUUAGCUGCUGGAAUGAAAACAGCAAAACUUAAAUAUGGAAAUCGUGGUCAUAAUCAACCAUGUUUAUUGGAAGGAACCCAUCGUUGUUUUAUAACAUCACAAAAUCAUGGUUUUGCAGUUCAAACAUCGCAAGGUUUAGCUCAAGACUGGAGUAUUUUGUUUACAAAUCAAAAUGAUAAAUCAAAUGAAGGCAUCAUUCAUGAUUUUAAACCAUUUUUUAGUGUACAAUUUCAUCCUGAACAUUGUGCUGGACCACGUGAUACAGAAAAUUUAUUUCAAAUAUUUCUUGAUGUUGUUCAAUCAUAUAAGUCAAACAAACCAAUGAAUAUAAAAUCAUAUUUAAAAGAACAAUUAACUAGUCGUUGUACUGGUGUUAAUACACCACCAGAAGCAUUUUGUGAUCGAGUGAAGAAAGUAUUAAUUUUAGGUAGUGGUGGUUUGACUAUUGGACAAGCAGGCGAAUUCGAUUAUUCUGGAACACAAGCAAUAAAAUCAAUGAACGAAGAAAAUGUGUAUACUAUAUUAAUCAAUCCAAAUAUUGCAACAGUUCAAACAUCAAAAGGUCUUGCUAAUAAAGUAUUCUUUUUACCAAUAACUCCUGCUUAUGUUGAACAAGUUAUUCGUAAUGAACGUCCCAAUGGUAUUUUACUUAGCUUUGGUGGACAAACAGCAUUGAAUUGUGGUAUUCAAUUACAUGAAUCGGGUAUUCUUAAAAAAUAUGCAUGUAAUAUAUUAGGAACACCAAUUGAAUCAAUUCAACUUACUGAAGAUCGAUCGUUAUUUGCACAAAAAAUGGCCGGUAUUGGUGAAAAAGUUGCACCAUGUGAAGCUGUUCAUUGUCUUGAAGAGGCAUUACUAUCAGCUGAACGGCUUGGUUAUCCACUUCUUGUUCGGGCUGCUUUUGCACUUGGUGGUCUUGGAUCAGGUUUUGCCGAAAAUCGUGAAGAAUUAAUUCCUUUAGUUACAUCAGCAUUAGCACAUUCAUCUCAAUUAUUAAUUGAUAAAUCACUUAAAGGUUGGAAAGAACUUGAAUAUGAAGUUGUUCGUGAUCAAUAUGAUAAUUGCAUUGUGGUAUGCAAUAUGGAAAAUAUUGAUCCAUUAGGAAUUCAUACUGGUGAAUCAAUUGUUAUUGCACCAAGUCAAACAUUAUCAAAUGAUGAAUAUAAUUUAUUACGAAGUGUAUCAAUUAAAGUUGUUCGGCAUUUGGGUAUUGUUGGUGAAUGCAAUGUACAAUUUGCACUAAGUCCAUUUAGUAAUGAAUAUUAUAUAAUUGAAGUCAAUGCACGAUUAUCUCGUUCAUCGGCAUUAGCAUCAAAAGCAACUGGUUAUCCAUUGGCAUAUAUAGCAGCUAAACUUGCACUUGGAAUGAGUUUAGUUGAAUUAAAAAAUAGUAUAACUAAUGAAACAUGUGCUUGUUUUGAACCAAGUCUUGAUUAUGUAACAAUCAAAAUUCCACGAUGGGAUUUAAGAAAAUUUGUUCGAUGUUCAAAUAAAAUUGGAAGUUCGAUGAAAAGUGUUGGUGAAGUUAUGUCUAUUGGAAGAUCAUUUGAAGAAGCAUUUCAAAAAGCUUUAAGAAUGGUUGAUGAAGAUGUCACUGGUUUUGAUCCAUAUACAAGAACAAUUACAGAUGAUGAAUUAAGUAUACCAACUGAUAAACGUGUUUUUGUCAUAGCAACAGCUCUUCGACAAGGUUAUACAAUAGAACGUUUAUUUGAAUUAACGAAAAUCGAUAAAUGGUUUCUACAUAAAUUUUCAUCAAUUAUUCAAUUUAUCGUUAAUCAUUCUGAUGCAUCAAUUGUUCAAGAUCGAACACGUUUACUUGAAGCAAAACGUUUAGGGUUUUCUGAUAAACAAAUUGGUAUGUAUUGCAAUACUACUGAACUUGAAGUUUAUGCAUCACGUCAACGAUUUGGUGUACGACCACGUGUUAAACAAAUUGAUACAGUUUCUGGUGAAUGGCCAGCACAAACAAAUUACCUUUAUCUAACUUAUCAUGGUAAUAUUGAUGAUGUAAAACCAAGUAUAAAUGAAGAAACACCAAUUCUUGUACUUGGAUCUGGUGUUUAUCGAAUCGGAAGUAGUGUAGAAUUCGAUUGGUGUGCUGUUGGAUGUUUAGAAGAAUUACGACGUCUUGGUCAUUAUACUUUGAUGCUGAAUUGUAAUCCAGAAACUGUUAGUACUGAUUAUGAUAUGAGUGAUAGAUUAUAUUUUGAAGAAAUUUCAUUUGAAUCUGUACUUGAUGUUUAUAAUUUUGAAAAACCAUAUGGUAUUAUUUUAUCCAUGGGUGGACAAUUACCAAAUAAUAUUGCAAUGGAUUUACAUCGACAAAUACAUGUUCAUGUUCUUGGUACUCUACCGGAAAGUAUUGAUACAGCUGAAAAUCGUUUUAAAUUUUCUCGUUUACUUGAUGAAAUCAAUAUUCAACAACCAAAAUGGAAAGAAUUAUCAAAUUUUAAUAGUGCUAGUACCUUUUGUGAUUCAGUUGGCUAUCCAUGUCUUGUUCGUCCAUCUUAUGUUUUAUCUGGUGCAGCAAUGCGUAUUGUUUUUAAUGCUAAAGAUUUAAAAGCAUAUUUAAGUGAACAUGGUCUUUCAAAAGAAUAUCCUGUCGUUAUUUCAAAAUUUAUUCUUGAUGCAAAAGAAUUAGAUAUUGAUGCUGUUGCAUGGAAUGGUCAAGUUGUUCGAAUGGCUAUUUCUGAACAUGUUGAAAAUGCUGGUGUUCAUUCUGGUGAUGCUACUUUAGUAACACCACCACAAGAUCUUAAUGAAGAUACUAUUGAAAAAAUUCGAAUAAUUUGUUUUUCAGUUGCUAAAGCAUUACAAAUAUCGGGACCAUUUAAUUUACAAUUAAUAGCUAAAGAUAAUGAAUUAAAAGUAAUUGAAUGUAAUGUUCGUGUAUCUCGUUCAUUUCCAUUUAUUUCUAAAACAUUUGAUCAUGAUUUUAUUGCUGUUGCUACACAAAUUCUGGUUGGUGUUGAACCAGAAUUGAUUCAAGAUCCACUUUUUCUUCGUUCGGAACGUGUUGGUGUUAAAGUUCCACAAUUUUCAUUUUCACGUUUAUCUGGUGCUGAUGUCUUACUUGGUGUUGAAAUGAUGUCUACCGGUGAAGUUGCUUGUUUUGGUAUUGAUCGUUUUGAUGCUUAUUUAAAAGCAUUAAUAAGUACUGGAUACCGAAUGCCGAAAAAAAAUAUUCUUGUUUCAAUUGGUUCAUAUAAAGCUAAACAAGAAUUAUUACCAACUAUUCAUACUUUAAAAGAACUUGGCUAUGAAUUAUAUGCUAGUAUUGGAUCAGCUGAUUUUUAUGAAGCUAAUAAUAUUUCUAUUCAUCCAAUUGAUUGGAAAUAUGAACAAACAGAAACAAAUUCAGCUGGAUUCGAAUAUACUAAUGGUUUUAAUGAUUCGCCAACAAGUGAAAAUAAUCCACAAACAACAAUUGCAGAUUAUCUUGCUAAUGGUGCAUUUGAUUUAGUAGGGAUUUUUCUUUUAUUUGAUUUUCAUAAAUAA